UUUGAUAACUAUCCUUGGCACAGUUCAUCAUCAACCGUAGAAGUGACAAACGCGUUCAUAAAUGUAUACUUUAAUAUUCGUUCCGUCACACAAAUUUACUUUAAUUAUAAGACAUAAAAGUCCAACUCGACGCUGAGUGCGACAGUAGUUUUAAACACUAGAUACAGAACUUUUUAUAAACUUAUGUUAACAUAUCAUUUUUAAAAUCGUUUUUUACACUUAAUAUAACUACAUAUUUUCUAUUUUUUUUAAACUCGUUAUUAUUAUUAUUUGCUUUUAACAAGAACUUUUGCAUCAUAGAUAAUUAAUUUACAAGAACAAAAGUAAACCACAAAGUUAGACAGCUAUUUAGUUUCAACAUGUUCUGUUUUCAUCGAUGUUCUUAACACUACAUCUACUGAAGAGACGUGUCGUGUCUGGGUAUGUGAUUUGUGGAGCAGAACUCUAAUCGUUUUGAGGUGAACCAAUGUCGAUAAUAAUGAAAAAUAGCAAGACGGAUAAUGAAGAAACCAAUAAUGAUGUUGUUCAGAGUUGUUCUAUAGCCGUCAAUUCAUAUGUAAAUGUUACAAAUGAUAUACAACCAAAACACAGUUCGGAAAACUUAGACAAGGUUAAACAAUCUAUUGGCACCUCCUACAAUGGCCUUGCUCUGGCAUUGCUUGGCCAUAUUCUCUUCAUAGGCUACAUUGCAGCAGCUGUGAGACAUUGGCAUAUAAGUGGUACUAGGGAUAUUGGCUGGGAAAAUGGACUGGGUUUACUAAUAAUUAUUUCAGUAUUAUAUUAUGGCUUUAAGUUCCUAAAUUUACUAGUGCAUCUUCUACAGCUCGAUAUAAUACUGUUAAAAAAUAAUGGUUCAAUACUGAAACAAACAAAAACUGUUUUUCUAUGUAUAUUUUUUACCUGUUUCUUCGCAUACAUAAUUAUCGAUACACAGAAUAAUCGUCGGAGACUUAUUCCCCUUUUCGGAUUGACUGUUUUUGUGGCUACCGGAUUUGCACUUUCGAAGCAUCCUAGAAGUGUAAAUUGGAACACGGUGACUUCUGGCCUAGCUUUACAAAUUUGUAUAGGGCUUUUGGCUAUUAAAUGGAAUUCUGGUAAACACAUUAUCCAAGUCGUCGGUCGUAAAGUUAACAGUUUCUUCGCAUAUGCCUACGUUGGAGCUGAAGUAACUUACGGUGAUCAACUAAUCAACGUUUAUGGAGUAUUUGCAUUUAAGGUAUUAUCCGUUUUGUUUUUCAUGUGUUUUUUCAUCGAAAUUCUGUUUUAUUACGGUAUUAUUCAAACGAUUGUCAUAAGACUUGGAUGGUUCUUACAGAAAAUUUUAGGAACCACGCCUGCCGAGUCAGUUAACGCAUGUGCCAGCGUGUUUUUAGGCAUGACAGAAGCUCCAAUUUUGAUAAAACCUUAUUUAAGUACACUUACCGAAUCAGAAAUGCACGCGGUAAUGAUGGGAGGUUUCUCUACGGUUGCAGGUACUGUGUUCGCUGCAUAUACAUCAUUCGGAAUCGAUGCUUCUUAUAUAAUUACUGCAGCAAUUAUGUCAGCGCCAACUGCAUUAAGUUUUUCAAAACUUAUUUUCCCAGAAACAGAAAAAUUAGUUAUAAGAGACGAAGAAAUCACCACAAACAAACACCGAAAUGGUUGUAAUGUGGUCGACGCAGCCUGUAACGGUGCACAAUUUGCAGUGCAGUUGGUGGGAGCGAUUAUCGCCAACAUAAUAGCAUUCGUAUCGUUUGUCACUUUUGUUGAUGCUGUCCUAUCGUGGUUAGGAAGUUUAAUAGGGUUUCAAGAGUUUAACUUUGAGUACGUUUUGGGGAAAACUUUGAUUCCGGUCGCUUGGAUGCUGGGUACCGAUUAUGAAGAAUGUGAAUUAGUGGCAAAAUUAAUUGGCCUGAAAAUAACCACAAACGAGUUUAUAGCGUACAAAAAAAUGGGAACACUUAUAAGCGAGAACAAACUCAACCGUAAAUCAGAAAUAAUAGCAACAUUUGCGUUGUGUAGUUUUGCCAAUCCAGGCUCCGUGGGAUCCAUGAUUGGCACUUUAACCACGCUAGCGCCUACUCAGCGAUCAGUAAUUGUUAAACACAUAUUUAGAGCUUUUAUCGGCGGAACAGUUACUACUUUACUUACAGCCGCUAUUGCCAGUCUACUAAUGUCUGAUGAUCAUGGAAUUCACGCGUAAACGUAUAAAAUCUACGAAAAAUAAAUUAUUUUGUACAUAUUUUUUAAUUUAUUAAAAAUAUAUUCCAAAGAAAUAAAUCCAACCAAUUGAAAUUUUCAACAAUACUACUUGAAAAAAUAUUUAUAUUUUUUAUUAUUAUAUCGGCAUAAAAACGGAUGGAUUUAAUUAACUUUUUAAAUUAUUAUGGAAAUGGUAAUUGACUUCCAAGAAAUUAUGUACUAUUUUAUAACAAUAAAUAGGUACAAAUCCUAAUA